ACACAUUUUAGUAACGUCGCAGUUGAUAACUGCCCAGCGAAACAAUGUCGCCUUCGUGCAAUAUAAUUUUUGCCCAAACUUGGCAAAACACGCUAUCAUCUAAAGGGAGCUCGGUUUUGAAUUCAUCUUUAAUUGUGAAUGUUUGUUUAUGCAAAGAAAACUAAAAUGCCCCCAAACUCCAUUACUUUUCUGUACUCACAGGCUCAAAAUAUAUUCAUGAGGUUGUACAAAAACGGGGAUGCUGUGCAAAUACCUUCGCAAUGGACAAGAAAGAUAAGAAAGAAAGAAAAUCCAAGUGUUCAACUCCUUGCAAGGAGACGAAUAUCGCAAUUGCCGUACAGUUUGAACCACUUCGCGUCGACGUCAAAACGACAGCGACCGCAGUCCUUCUGCUGAGCUCGCCCGAAGAGGAUAUUGUAGUUGUUGCAUGUGAAGCGAUCCUCCAAUUUGCAGAGGAAGAUAUGAACAAGGUUUAUCUGAUGGAACUUGGAGCAUUGCAGCCUCUCAGUCACCUCAUCACACACACCAAUGAGCUGGUCAGGCGAAAUGCAUUUAUGAUUUUGGGCACCAUGGCUUCCCACAGUGCUGUAGGGAAUGUCCUACAACAAAUGGAUGUAAUUCCAACAAUUAUUGACAAACUCUCCCUUGACGAUUUGGUUGUUCAAGAGUAUGGAACCCUGUGCCUAUCCUAUCUGUCCCUGGCUCCCAGCUGCAAGGCUCAGAUCUUUGACAGCAAAGGCCUGCCAGCAUUAAUCAAGCUACUUUCCAGUUCAGAACCAGAUGUUCAGAAGAACUCUCUGGAGACCAUCUACAACUUGAUUCAAAACAGUCAAUUCUGCCCGUAUUUACUGGAACUCAGCGGGAUCCCUUUAGUUCUGGAGCUGCUGAAUUCCGACUAUGCUGUCAUUCAGCUGUUAGCUUUAAAAACUUUGCAGAAAGUCACAGCUGAUAAGGAGUCACACAGCACGAUAAGGAAAGAGCAGGGAUUUGAGAAGCUCAUCAAUAUAAUCAAAAAUGCGGAUUUCUGUGACCUCCAUGUUGAGGCUUUGCAGGUUCUUGUUAAUUGUGUGAGUGAUAGUGACAAUUUCCAGUUGAUACAGAAUGGAGGAUUAACUAUACUGUUGGAGCUUGUCGUUACCCGUAAAUUGUCUGAACCCGGGUCACGUCCUGUAAAAUGCAAUCACAAUGAAGUCCAGUCCAGUGCUGUUCAAUGCAUCUCCAGAGCUGCUCAGAACCCUGACAAUCACAAAGUUCUCCAUGAUUUCAAAGUUGAGGAAAUUCUGGUUGAUCUUCUUUCUGGGAACAGCGAUUGUGUGAAAACAUUCGUCUGCCAAGCUAUGACUGGCAUGAGCUCCUUCAUGUCCAGCAAAGAACACUUUAGAGAUUUAGGUGUUUUCCCUGCUUUGAUACGUUUACUGAGCAGUGGGAAUUUGCUGGUGAGAGUGGAAGCAAUCCAGGCCCUCGCCAACCUUACAGCUGGACACAAACAAAACUCAAUAACACUAUAUGAAGAAGGGGGACAUAAAAUCCUUGUGCAGCGUCUCCGUGACAGCUGUCCCAGAAUAGUGGCCAAUGCUGCAGCCAUACUUUGCAGGAUAAUGGGUGAGGAAGCCAUUCGAUAUGAUGUGCUAUCUCUGGGGGCCAUACCUGCACUGGUGGAGCCCUUAAGAUCAACAGACUCUCAGGUCCAGAUCAAUGCUACGUUGUGCAUCUGUGAACUGGCAUUCGAUGCCAAUGCCAGGGCAGAGCUGCAGAGCGCUGGUGGUCUUGAACCUUUGGUCAAUUUACUGCGUUCCACUCACAUGGAAGUCUUGCGUUCCACAUGCAUGGCGAUCAGCGUUUGUGCCAAGGAUGAGCCCACCUCUAUGGAGAUGUGCCAAUUUGGUGCCCUGGAAAUGCUUAAUGAAAUCAACCAGGCAGACAAUAGCAAGAGUAGGUUCAGCGAGUUUGCAUUAAACAGUCUGAUGCAAUCCUGCCUGUCUCUCAAAUAUGGUUUGACAGAUCAUUUGGCCGCAACUGAUAUUAUCAUUGAUGGCUUCUAUGAUGCUGGGAAGUUGUGUUUUGGUCAGAAGGUCUUGAGUUUAGCAGAACUUUCCAUGGAGCCUGUGAACCAAAGCCUGCCCAUUGUGGUUGUAAAUGCAGCAAUCGAGGUGUUUCUACAUAAGAAGAGUGUGGAGGAUGGGCAACAAACCGAGAGAUAUUUGAAAGUGAUGAAUGAUGUCGCUCUGAGGUUUUUAGUUAAAGAGGUCAAAGAAUCCAUCGGCCUUUUGAAUGAUGAACAGGAGCAAUAUGUUGCGUUGGCUAGGCAAGUAAGCACCGUCAUGGGUGGAGCAAUUGAGAAAGAAGAUUUGCACACUUUUGGAUGGUUACUGCAUGUCUGCCUGCUCAAAUGUAAAGUCCAGUGUAACGUGGUCCCGAUUGGCAUGAUCAGCAAGGGAUUCUAUUGCCACAGGGCACUUCUCUUCAAGUACUUGGCUGAUUCCAUUGGCCUAAAUUGUACUCUGGUGAGAGGUGACUACAACCGAGCUUGGAAUGAAGUACUGCUGUGCAAUGAACAAUCGUCUCGCCCAUGCCGCUACAUUGUGGACCUCAUGCACCAGCCUGGAAGCUUCCUGAGGACGCAUACACCUGCUGCAUUUCGAUAUCACAGUAUAUAAAGCAUCGUUUGGAUUUUAGAAAUACUGUUGGAUGUUGUCCAUUAAACAUUUAUUUAAUUUUUUGCUUUAACCUGAACUCCAGUGAGCCCCAUUUAUUAUACCAUUUUCUAA